GUUUUCCUUCUGAAAUGUGGAGUACAAGAAUAUGCCUGGGGUAAAGUCGGCUCAGACAGUGAAGUGGCUAAACUUGCACAAGCUGGCAACAAAGAUUUUCAACUCAAAGACAAUGCACCCUAUGCAGAGCUAUGGAUGGGGACACAUCCUAACUGCCCCUCCUUCAUUGAUGGCACUGAAACCACUUUAGAGCAAUGGAUUAAGGAUAAUCCUGAUAAACUGGGGUCAGAGGUGAAAAAAGAUUUUGGAGGAAAGCUGCCGUUUUUAUUUAAAGUUCUAUCAGUACAGAAGUCUUUGUCUAUACAAGCCCACCCUCAUAAGGUUUUGGCAGAGCACCUCCAUAAAACUAGACCAGACAUUUAUAAAGAUCCCAACCACAAGCCAGAGAUGGCUAUAGCUCUAACCCCAUUUCAAGGUUUAUGUGGGUUUCGAGUGUUAAAAGAAAUAGCUGAAUAUGUCCAAGAAAUUGAAGAGUUACGUAAUGUUAUAGGAUGUCAAACUGCGUGUAAAUUUAUCACUGCUUCCAUGGCAACAGAUAUGUUGUUACAACGUGAAGCAUUAAAAGACGCGUUUAAGGGUCUGAUGGAACAGGACAAGGAGAUAAUACAAACACAGCUUCAUAAACUAGUAUCUAGAGUUAAAUUACUCAAGGAAAAUGGUGAAGACAUCAGUGCCUAUAAUGGUGACCUACUGCUGAAAUUAGAUAAUGAGUUUCCCGGAGAUGUUGGAGGUUUCGCUAUUUAUUUUCUCAAUAUUAUAACUCUUCAACCAGGAGAGGCCAUGUUUCUAGAGGCAGACAUGCCCCAUGCUUAUUUAUCUGGAGAUUGUAUGGAAUGUAUGGCGUGUUCAGAUAAUGUAGUGAGAGCUGGUUUAACACCGAAGUUUAUAGACGUACACACACUGUGUGAGAUGUUAGAUUAUACCUGUAAACCAAUCUCUAAAACUAGGUUUCAAGGAAUUGAACAGAAUAAUGAUAUUAAAGUCACCCAGUUCAAUCCACCAGUACCAGAUUUCUCUGUUACCAGAUUUGAGAUUCCUGACAACGUGAAAACAACGAAAAUAGCUCCAAUAAAUAGCGCUAGUAUUAGUAUAGUCAUACAAGGUGAAGGUCAUAUAACCAACCCUACACUAGCGACACCUAUCUCAAUUCAACGAGGCUCCGUUCUUUUCACUGGUGCAAUGGAGGACCUGGAAUUACAAGUAAAAUCUGAUGUGCUGCUGUUUAGAGCGUCUGCAGGUUUAUGA